GUCGACCGUCGACUGACUUCAGACAGUUGCGAAUUGCAACUUAGGGGAGAUACAAGAACGAGUUAGAUUAGCGAAUCGCGAAAGGUUCCGAGCAAUGUUUAUCUUCCACUUGUAACGAAUAAUAUAUUUAUUUUUCUUCAUUGAAUAUAUACAUUUACACAAUAAAAUGGCAUCGAUUGCUCGCGUCGGUAUUGCGAGACUCGGAUAUAAUAAUCUUACUAGACAAUUAUGUAAGGUAACAAUCACCAAUAAUGUCAAGCAAUUAGCAUUCAUCUCACAUAAGUCAAAACGAGUUGAUCGACGACGACUACCACCGUUUGACUACUUGAAUAAACGUUAUGGUUUCUGGGCUCAGCUCUUCGAUCCUAUGGUCGAUCGAUGCGAUGAGAAUACCAAGGUAAUCGUCGUUGAAGGUCCGAUCGCCGCAGGAAAAUCCAAAGUGGCCGCGAAAUUAGCGGAGGAAUUAGAAAUGGUUUAUUUACCACCACCGACUUUUGAUGAAUUUUAUAUAACUGAAUAUGGAUAUGAUUUACGUACGUUAGAUGACAGACUAUCUCCACCAUCACAAUCAUGUGAUGUGCAAAAAUACCUGACGAAUCCGUAUCAUCCCAAUGUGCCUAUGUUUCAAUUUCACUAUUUUCAACUUAAGUUUGAUCAGUACAUUACUGCUCUAUUGCACUUACUGUCAACUGGUCAAGGAGUGGUGCUCAAUCGUUCUUUCUACAGUGAUUAUGUAUUUGCCAAAGCAAUGACAAAUGCUGGUUAUAUGCGUCCACAGGCAUUGAAAUUUUACAAUGAUAUUGUAGAUGUUGCAAAAUUAAUGAUGUUGAGGCCUCACGUAAUUGUUUAUUUGGAUGUACCUGUUGAUGCAGUCAAGGAGAAAAUAAAAAAACGGUGUAUACCAUAUGAAAUUAAUUCAAAUGUUCUCACAUCAGAAUACCUUUUAGAUAUCGAAAAUAUAUAUAAGCAUGAUUAUCUGAAAAAUGUUAUAACACAUUCUCAUGUACUGGUCUAUGACUGGACAAACGAAGGAGAUAUUUGUACUAUUGUUGAAGACAUGGAAAUGUUAAACUUUGAUUAUGAUAAGAAAGAUAAGAAAAUGUCAGACUGGAGAUUUGAAACUGUUCAGGAACUUCGAACUAAGAGAGAACUUUAUGCAAAUAGAUAUUUCCUGCAUAUCGAUUAUAUGAGAAACGAAACCACAGUACCAGAAUUGCACUAUACAGCAGAACAAGAUGAAGAAAGAUACAAGAUAAUGCUAACAGUACCUGGAAAAGAAUAUGAUCACGGAUACAAUAGUUCUAUGGGAGAUAGAAAUAUUCUGUGGAAACUUCCUCGAACUCCUCUUGUUACGACCAUAAGGACCCAUGCGCGCGAAUUAGAAGUGAUAGAAGAAGAAAUGAAGAAACUUAAGGCUGCUUCGAUGCAGUAAGAGAGUGGUAUACCAAUACCUAGGAAAAGUAGAACUUGUAAACAUUAAAUAAGGUAAAAAUAAAUUUAAACUAUAAUCAAUAAA